AUUAUUUUAAACCAAUUCAACCUCAUAGUUUUUUAGAUGCUUAUGAAACUCCUUUUAAAAUUACAUGCUAUAUAAACAUUGUUACAAUUGAAGAGUCCCAAGUAUGGUUUCAGAAAUUUACAGAUUUGCACAAAGUAACAAUGCGAGAAACUAGUGGUCAUACUAUUAAGGGUGUACGCUAUAUUUUGUCCAAAUGGUUUCAUUGUAUUCAUAGCCACACUGUCAAAUUAAAGCAAGGGAAACAUGACAAUAGUGAAACCAAUAUAGAAAGAACACGAAUGCGUGACACUAAUUGUCCAGCAAUGUCAAGUAUUCAACUCCUUAAACGAACAGAUCCUUAUCCAUGCAUUAUCACUUUAUAUUUUCAUCAUAAUCACCCUUUUGGAUCUAGCCAU